GCAAGAGCAGAGAGGAAGCAAUUAAGGGUGGGCAAAUCAGGGUGCUAUCUAAAAUAACUAUUUGAUUGACCUUCAAAAAAGGGGUGCUUGGAGUGCUUUAAAAAGCACCAUCCGUUAUGUCAUGACGUCCGACUAUAAUAUUAGUGCUUGUAGGAGUAACACUGGAGCUCUUCAACAUUACCUGUUUGAAUCAUUUAUUGGAAAAUGUCGGAACAGUGAACGGUGUAAAGACAACUGCUCAGCAGAACAACAUAUUUACUGCAUCGCUAGAUAUACUAGACCAAAAACAACCUCUCUUUUUGUUCACAAAUAGUUGGUAGUAGUUUACAGUAGUUGCAUCUUGAAGUACAUCCAGUAAAUAAUGGAAAGCAGCCAAGUCAACAUCGCAUCAGCAGAAUUUGAAUUUGUAAUGGAUGAAGAGGUUCAAAAACCAAUCGCUUGGUAGUUGGUGUCAUCCAACAUUUUGUGACCGUAACCGUAACCGUGAAAAUAUUAAAUGUUUAACUAGCGGGGUUUAUGUGUCUGGUGACAGACGUACUGACACACCGACGGCGGACCCUCUUUAAUAGAGUUCCGUGUUAUAUUCCCAUUGCGUUCGAAACGAUAAUCAUUCAAACUUCUAGUAAUUGAAAAACUAUUGUGAAAUCUAUUUACAAUACUUUAAUACUAAUGAACACAACAUUCACACAAUCAUCAAACCGUACUCAAUUCAAUAUAACAAACACAACAUUUUUACUGAUUUAUAAAUCUCGUCUCCAUAUCUUUAUCGAUACAAACUGAAACUGUAUUCAAACAAACAAAGACGCAUUCAGAGAUAAAAUCUAGUUUUAUCACCAAAUAUACAGUAACGGGGCGGUUAGCACAGACCCGUGUUUGUUCAGAACACAAGCAGAGCCUUUGCACACGCCAUAGCUGAUAUAUUACAUUAUCAUUACCUACUACCGCCAUUUCUUUGAGAAUGGUCCUUCGCUACGCACAUGUUUUUUCUAUACAAGCUGCUCGGUUAACAUCAAGAUGGUGAGGACCAAGAGUGAUGCGGAAGCCAAUGUGGUGAAGGAGGAGAUCCCUCAUGAUCAUCUCUUCAAGGUUACGGGAUUGUCUUCGAAUAAUUUGGAGAAGCUGGCUCAGGAGCCUGAGCCGUCAGACUUCGAGGAGGCUAUAGCAGCGACCGGCUAUGGCAGGUUCAACAUCGCCCUGAUGUUCUGCACGCUGCCCGCCUUCUGGAGCGCGGUGUCCGUCACCAGCUCCAUCAGCUACAUUUUCACGAGGGCCCAGUGCGAUAUGGGGCUCAGUCUCCUCGACAUGGGGACUAUCACUGCCAUGACUUAUGGGGGUAUGAUCUCAUCCGCGCUGGUGUGGGGUUUCCUCUCGGACACGCUCGGCAGACGACGGAUCAUGGUGUGGGGCUUCUUCUGCUCCGGCCUGGUCGAGAUGACGGCCGCCAUGAGCCAGAACUUCGCCAUGCUACUCGUCACCAGGUUCUCCAGUGGAUUCCUGUUCAACGGUCCCUUCGCCGUCCUGAUCUCGUACAUAGCCGAGCUGCACCGAACGGAGCUGCGCGCUCGCGUCAUACUCCUCACCAGCCUGUUCUACACCAUCGCCAACACCACGCUCCCACUGCUGGCCUGGGCUAUCCUCACCAAAGACUGGGAGUUCCAUCUCUUUAGUGAUAGUAUUGUGAUCCACUCCUGGAACCUGUUCCUGUUCGCCACGGCGCUGGUGCCGCUACUGACUGGCAUGGCGUUCUUCUGCCUGCCCGAGAGCCCCAAGUUCCUCAUGUCGAGAGGAAGGAACGAAGAGGCUAUGGCUGUUUUCCGAACCAUAUACAGACUAAACACUGGGAAACCAGCUGAGGAGUAUCCUGUGAAAGUCCUAGUAGAAGAGAAGAAUGAGCAGCAGGGACGAGGUCUGGCUGCCCUGAAAGGAGGGUGCGCUCAGCUGGCGCCUCUCUUCAGACCGCCGCAUGUGCAGUGGCUCUUCCUCAUGUGCACUAUCCACAUUGGCUGCAUGUUUGGCUCCAACACCCUGAGGCUGUGGUACCCGCAGCUGGCCGCCAUGAUCAGCAACGACGCGAGCAGCCUGUGCUCCGCCAUCGCGCCGGCCGCCCAGCCUGACGUCACUGAGAUCUGCGUGCCGAUACCCACUGACAUGCUGACCUAUCUCCAGAGUGCCGCCGUGGGAGCUGGCUCAGUACUGACUUAUGGGAUUGGAGGGGCUUUGGUUAACAGGUGUGGCAAAAGGGUAGUAGCAGGGUUCUGCGGAGUCUCUAGCGCGGUGAUCAUCGUCAUGUUGCCGUUCUUAGGCUCCAGUGCAGCGGCGGUGGUUGCCAUGGUUACCACUGCAUUAGCCUUCACCUCGCUGACUGCUGCAUCGCUGUCUAGCAUCACUGUGGAUCUGUUCCCGACGUCUCUCAGAGUUAUGGCAAUGGCCACAGUUCUGAUGAGCGGUCGUCUUGGCACCAUCACCGGCACGGUCAUCUUUCCCGCGCUCAUUGACUACGGAUGCCUCCCGCCUUUCAUUACUAUUGGCUCCGUUCUAGCAGUUUGCGGUACGGCGUGUUUCUUAGUGCCGAACACCACUCUCAAGAAAUUAGUGUAAUUGUUUAUGUAUAGGAACAAAUGUAAAUAUUUAUGUAAUUAUAAGUGUAAAAUGUCCAAAUUCUCAUAAUUGACAAAUAAGGCUCAAAAUGUGAAUUAGUAGCUGUACUUAUUUGAUUUUUGCCUCGUUAAAAAAGGUAUAUUGUGUUAUUAAAAACAACUAAAAUUGUUUACUUAUUUGAUUAGCAUUGUUAAAAUAUCUGUAAUUUUAAUGUAAUCUAAGUGUGUUUUAUCAAUUAAGUGGAAAUUUGUAUUUAGUUUUAUGUGUGUAUUGUAGGUAUAUGUUUAUUAGGAAUAAAUGGUAUUUCGAGGACCCAAUGAAACGGC